AGCAUGGCGCACUUCCUGGAUACAAGCCAGUCACAUUGAACCAUGGCAGCGCUGUUGACCAGGCUGCACCACAUUGCGCUCAACGUUUCCAACGCGGACAAAGUUUCCCGUGACCUUGUCUCUAAAUUCAAGUUCAGUUUGUUCGCCACCAGGCUGAUCGACGGGGCCAAGCAGCUGGCUUUCCGAAAGGGAGCGGCUGUUUUCAUCGUGAAUGAGACACCGAGCCGGAGAAUGAAUGAGAAGCUCCACAUUACAGACUCGCAUCCACGUGAUCCGCCCGGGGUCCACGUGGGGAAACACAGCCAGGACAAGUGUCUUUACGACGUCAGCGCGCGUUACCCGGUGGACACGGUGAACAACGUGUGUUUCGAGGUGGACGAUGUGGAAAGGUCAUGCGCUGCUCUUCGCCGGCUGGGCUGCGAGUUCAUGGUUCCGCCAACGACAGUUCACGACGACUGUGGUUACGUCACCUACUCGGUGGUGAAAUCCAUCGUGGGAAACGUGCGCCACACAUUAAUUGACAGGACUAAAUACAAGGGCAGCUUCCUGCCCGGGUUUGAUGGCGUUGGAAACGACCUCAGCGUCCCGGAAACGGACACGUCUUGUCCGAUCACACAUUUUGAUCACAUCACGUAUGUCUGUCCCAAGAAAAGCACCCACCAGGUCAUGAGGUGGUACGAGAAGCUCUUUGGGUUUCAAAGGUUUUUCAUCGACAGUGAUGAACAUGUGGACGAAGGUUUUGUCAUAAACCAGGAGGGCAUUGGACUGCGUCUGACCGCCAUGGAGUACUGGAAAUGCAGCAAAGCCGGCAUCACUCUCCCCUCCGUGGACAAAAAGGAGCCUGACUGCAAGUUUGUGAUUGCUGAAUCCCUCUCUGAACAAGGCAGGAAUCAGGUGGACACCUUCUUGGAGCAGCACGGGGCCCCUGGGAUCCAGCACAUUGGACUGUACACCAACAACAUUGUUUCUACCGCUCGUGCGAUGGCUGAUGCUCGUGUCCAGUUUUUCUCACCGCCUCAAGCCUACUACACGCAGGUGGGAAAACGGCAGGAGAUAGAGGAGGCGGGACACAACCCCCAGAUGCUGGCGAAGCAUGGCAUUCUCCUGGACCUGAGCCGGGAGCCGUCAUCACAGGCUGCAUCCAGUGAGAACCGAGGAUACCUUCUCCAGGUGUUCACCAAGCCCAUCUUUGCAGAGGACACCUUCUUCCUCGAGCUGAUAGAGCGAAGGGGGGCAAAAGGUUUCGGUGAGGGGAACAUCAGAGCGCUGUGGAGGUCUGUGCAGGCGCACAUGGAGAAUCAGGGGGGGGAUUCUCAAGGAGAGGAAUCCCCAAAAGCGGUGCAAACUUCCCAGUAUUAGUCACUCCAGAUAUUUUUAACCGAGGCUAUUUUAUUUGCUCUUUCUUUUAAAGAAAUGUGAGUACUUAUAAAAUAAGUAAAAAGAAGAAGAAGAAGAAAAAAAAAAGAAUGUAUAAAUACAUAUAAUAUAUUUACAGAUUUCACACAAGUGCUUUCCAUUUUGUUUUUCUAUUUAGUGGUAAAUCUCAAGGCGCCUGUUGCACUGCUAACAAGUACAAAUCAUGAAUUGUAUAAAUAUCCAUCUAUUAAGAUGUAAAUCUGCACUUUAAACAAAGCGGUACUUAAACCGAUGCUACGUAUUUGACUUGAAACUUGAAAUGUUACUCCAAAACUACACUUUCUGUCACAGUAAAAGAAUGUCUUUGUUUUCAUUGUGUCAAAGCAAAACAACUGCCCGACUUCACAGCAACUGCUCCUCAAUAAAUCUGUUUCUCAAA